AUGGUGCUCGAGGCGACGAUGAUAGUCGUCGACAACAGCGAAAGCAGCCGGAACGGAGACUAUGUGCCGUCGAGAUGGGAGGCCCAAGUAGACGCCGCCAACCUCAUCUUCCAUUCCAAGACCCAAGCAAACCCAGAAUCAUCUGUUGGUCUGAUGAGCAUGGGUGGCAGCGGUCCCGAAGUCCUCACUACCCUCACCACGAACCCCGGCAAGAUCUUGGACGGACUGCAUCGAACGAAGGUGAAGGGAGAGUCGCAUCUGUACACCGGCAUCAUGAUCGCUUCGCUAGCACUCAAGCACCGACAGAACAAGUCACAACGGCAACGCAUCAUCGUCUUCACCUGCUCGCCCAUCACCGACUCCUCCGCCACCCUCACGAAACUCGCCAAGCGCAUGAAGAAGAACAACACCAGCAUCGACAUCAUCGCCUUCGGCGACCUCACAGACGAGAACCUGGAGAAGCUCCGCGCAUUCAACGAGGCCGUCAAGUCGAACGAAGGCUCGCAUCUCGAGAUUAUACCCCCGGGCCCCAACCUCCUCUCAGACACCAUCGUGGCAUCCCCGAUCCUGGCUGGCGAAGGUGGUGGCGCACCGACAAACGGCGCGGGAGCUGGUGGCGAUGGCGGCGCGGGAGGAGAGAGCUUCGAGUUCGGCGUGGAUCCCAACCUAGACCCAGAGCUUGCUUUGGUGCUGCGCAUGAGUAUGGAAGAGGAGAAGGAGCGACAAGAGCGUGAGAAGAAGGCACGGGAAGAGGCAGAGGGCAAGACAAAUCUGGAGAGCGUGCCGGAGAACAGGGAGGGCGAGGCGAGUGAGAGCCAGCCGUUACUGGAUGGGAAUGGUGAGCCGAGUGGCUCUGCUUCUGAGGCCAAGAAGUCAGAGGAUAAGAAGGAUGAUGAUAAGAUGGACACUGCGUGA